AUGAAGCUCUUCACUCAGAUUCUUGGAUGUGCUGCCACAACACAGCUCGUUUCCGCGAUCAUCUCCCCUAUCUACCAACCCCACAACUUUUCCACCGGCAACACGAGUCUCAGCACCUCCAACCAUGCCAAUCACACCAGGCGCUACGCAGAGUACCUGUCCUCUGGCUACUCCAUGAACCUCCGCGUCUCCCCCUGGCCAAUGCGUAGCUCCCUCUGGCACAUCGACACCGGCUAUCUACGCACUAUCCCCUACUGCUUCGUCGACCAGCGCAGCUACGAGAAGAUUGGCGACACAGGUGGCUUCUGCAAGAUCCGGGGCGCGCUAGGUGUAUGGGCGGAAGCCCUCAAUGGCGGCGCAGACGCGAUAAGCGGACAUGCUCUUGGAUUCCGGUUUCCCGCCAAGGACGAGGGGUUCUGCUGUACCAACUACCGGUAUGGGGCGGAGAACCAGCCUAGGGCCGAUAGCGACUUUCAGUGUGACUGGGACCAUGACAAGUGGCCGAGCGAUACGCUGGCGGUGCAUUGGGUGGAUGAGGUGAAGAGCGGGGGCAUCGCAGCGUCGGCGACGAUUGGGUAUGUCAGGACGGGCGAUCCGUAUGAGCGCCCUGGGCGCCAUUGGAUCAGGGUGAGUGAUGGGGCAAGCCCGGGGGAUAUUGCGCAUGAGGUUGGGCACGCGGUGGGCAUGGCGCACGAACACCAGCGCUGGGACCGGGACGACCAUGUUGAGUUCCGGUGUGCGAAUCUCGUGGGCAUGAGUGACAUCAUCAACCAUUACCGGGUCGCAGCGAAAGUGGACUACGCCACUGCUUCUAAGGCUCUGUGCGAGGACCAACUCACCGCUGAGAAAUGGUUCGCUCCCUCGGCAGAGUAUGUCAGAGGCGCCGGACUGGACGUCAACACAAAGCCGAAGUUUGACGGCCCCGGCGGCUUCGACGUGGAUUCCAUCAUGCUGUACGAUUCGUAUUCUUUCUCCAAGGCGGGGUACCAAGUGAAUGUCGGUACGUCUGUCCUUGUCGCCAUUGAGCGGGAUGCGGAUGGGAACAAGGUGCCUGGGAGCGAGAAGAUGUUUCCUAGGAAUACAAAGCCGAGUCCGAAGGAUGUCGAGUUUGUGAAGACGUUUUAUCCUUGGGACGCGGAGAAGUAUCAGGAGUAUAGGAAGGCGCAUCCGGAGCACGGUGACGGACGGAAGAGGGAGAGGGAUGUCUUCUCCGAAAUCAUCUUGGGUGUCAUACCUGCACACUGGGGGUGCAAAGUCGAGAAAAGCAAGCCCAAGUUGGAGUGA